GAUAUUAGAUGUGGUGAUUGAGCACGUGAAGCAAUUGAGUCUUGGGGUGACGUUGCUUUCUCUCUCUCUCCCGUCAAAUUACCCGUCUUUUGGAGAAACCAUUGGCUGAAGUUGGAACUUUGGCUCCUUUAUAACAAUGUUUGACUUGAAGAAGAGGCAUAGUUUGACUCUGAACUGCAGCCGUGAGACGGAGGAGUUCAGACGGGUGGCGGUCAGACGGAAGGUCAAAGGUGCUGCGGGGGACUGCCUCAGCUCACACACAGUAGUGAGCAGUGGAGUGUGUGGCUCCUACAGCUGUGGCCGUGCAGAGGCAGAGGAGGACAACGUAAGAAGCCCAGCUAAAGGAUCGUCUUUCAAACCACAAGUGCCUCCUAAACCAGCUCACCUUCAGAGUCCUCUGAGGACAGGACAAGCUCAAGCCUACAGUCCCACUACAGGGAAAUUAAUACUUCAGCAAGUUGACUCCACAGAGCAAGACCAGAGUCCUUCCAGAGGUUAUCGAUUUUCCGUGUCCUGUGUCAGCCCAGAACAGAAUUGUCUAGGCUCCCCUAGUCCUAUCAGAGGAGGAGGGAACAGUUUUUUGAAUGGAGUGUCUAGAGCACAUAGCAGCCCUGACAGAUAUACUCAGGGGGUUCGACAUCUUGCAAUCAGUCCUCUUUUAGGAUCUCCAAGUCCAGGCAAAAGAGGUAUUCAGAGCUGUAGCCCAUUGAGGGAAGGAGGGCACAGCCCUGCAAAGUUGUCCCCAAGAAACCACAGCCCUCUCGCAGGAUUACUGCGGACCCCCAGCCCUGUGAGGAUGGGGAGCUACAGCCCUACUAACAACUCUAGAUCCUGGUUAGGACUGCACAGAAUCCCAAGCAGCAAGAUGGAAAGACAAGAGAAGAAAACGGGAAAAUCUUUGAGCGUGCCUGACUUGAUCAUGUACUUGGAAGAGAGCAGGAUUCCUACUGAAAAAGUUGAACGCUCUCCACUGAAACCACUGCAAUCACCCAACUGCCAUGGACCAAGCAUCACCAUUAAAUCACCAGUUAACCACAGACUCAAUCAUGACACAAGUGAAGCUCAUCUGUUAAGUAACGGCAAAGUGCAUUCCCCAGGACAAAUGACUGGCAUAGUGCAGGGGAAAGAUUGUGCAUUAGUAAAUGGAAAGGGAAUAAAUCAUAAAAUGGAAGAAGGCCAAAAAAUUGUAGGAUAUGGCUCCAAGUCUUCCUGCCAGUGGAAUGAGCCAACCACAGAAGAUGGCAGGAUCCACAAAGAGACUAAAGGUGAACAAAAUGAUGAGGACAUGAUGAGGGAGGGAGGAGGAGACGAGCCAAAAGAGGAAGAAAACGCAGACAAAAAAUUAUACAACAUUGCCAAUGAACUCCUGCAGACAGAGCGGGCCUAUGUGACUCGUCUUCACUUGCUAGACCAGGUGUUCUGCUCGCGCCUUACAGAGGAGGCAGCUCGAGGCUCAUUCCCUCCAGAGGUGAUAAGAAAUAUCUUCUCCAACAUUUCCUCCAUCUACUCCUUCCACAACGAGUUCCUGCUACCUGACCUGGAAAACUGCAUCAGCCACUGGUGUGAGAGCCCAGGCCUGGGUACUGUUUUGCUGCAGCAUGCACCCUUCCUAAGGAUGUAUGCAGACUACGUCAGGAACUUUGAUCAGGCCAUGGAGCUGGUGAGAACCUGGACUGAACGCUCCUCUGCCUUCAGAAACAUCAUCCAGGACAUACAGAGCCAGGAUGUGUGUGGCAGCCUGACCCUGCAGCACCACAUGUUGGAACCAGUCCAGAGGGUUCCACGUUAUGAAAUGCUGCUCAGGGAUUACCUCAAGAAACUGCCCAAGGAUAAUCCAGAUUAUGAUCUUGCUCACAAAUCCUUGCAGACCAUUUCCAUGGCAGCCACACACUCAAACAGCGCCAUCCACAAAGCUGAGAGCCUGAAGCGGCUGCUGGAGAUCUAUGAGAUGGUUGGAGAGGAGGAGGUGGUCAACCCGACCAACGAGUUUCUCAGGGAAGGUCGUCUGCUCAAGCUUGCUGCUAGGAACACAUCCGCCAUGGAGAGGCACCUAUUCCUGUUCAACAACUUUCUGCUGUGCUGCAGUCCUAAGUUCAGUUUAGUUGGGCAGCGUUUCACCGUCCGCUGCAGGAUUGGGGUGGACAACAUGGAGGUGCAGCAGACCACCAAUGAAGAUCACCCAUAUACUUUUCAGGUUUCAGGAAAGGAGAGAACCCUUGAGCUGCAGGCCAGCUCUGAACAAGACAGAGAUGACUGGAUAAAGGUAAUUCAAGGAGCCAUUGAUGUGUUUCAGAAGAAAAAUGAAACCUUCAAAUUGGCUUCUAAGGAGCUAAAUGUAGAAGAACCAACUGAGGAACUGGGCCGACGUGCCCCUCGCUGGAUCAGGGACAACGAGGUGAGCGUGUGUAUGAAAUGCCAGGACCCUUUCAACGCACUCACCAGGAGAAGACAUCACUGCAGAGCCUGCGGCUGCGUGGUGUGCUGGAAGUGUUCAGACAAUAAAGUGCCUUUAGAGUAUGACGGCAACAAGCUGAACAAAGUGUGUAAAGCCUGCUAUUCUAUCCUGACCAGUCAGAGAGAGGAGAGGGUGGAGGGCAAGAAGAGACGGAUACUGGAGUCGGAGGUACCAGUGUCCAGUGACUGUGUAAUAAGUGGCUUCCUGCUAUACGGUGACAACCCCAAGACUUGGCAACAGGUGUGGUCUGUUAUCACCCGGACUGAACCUCUGGUCCUCCACCUGUACACUGACCCACAGGAUGUGAAGCCCCUUUCCAGUAUCCCUCUACUGGGCUGCAGUGUGGAGGAUUCCCUUCAGGAGCUCCAGGGUCAGCCUUGUUUCUGUUUAAGCCAAUCCAAAACCACCCACACUUUCUCCUGCGAUGGACUGGACCUCAAACAGAGCUGGCUGACGGCUCUGAAAGUUGCUGUGACAGGCAGACAGUGCACGCUCAAUGGCCAUGACAUCCCCACCAAUGGCUCCAGAUGUGGCAUUAACGGUGUCAAAGAUGAAAGGGGAUUUAUCGUCACUGACAACUACUACUGAAUGUUCAGGCACUACGGAAAGUACUCACACAUGCAUGUACACAGAUGAAAGUCUAUUGAUGUAAUUAAAUGAAUGAAAUCUAGAAGUAAAAUUCAGGAAUGUAAAGGUUGAUGACAAUAUUCAGACUGAGAACUGUUUUCCUUACAAGUGGCGAUGCACUUUAUUUCUGAAAUGGUUUACAGUAAAAUAAAUAAAGUGAAGGUGUUUUAACAUGA